AUGCUCAGCCAAGCGCCAGGAAUGCUGAAGAAGGCGGAAACUGUCCGCGCAGCAGCAGCGAGCGGAAAACGGCCGGUGGCCGCGCACCAUGAGUGUCAAACAGAACAGAGUGCGCAGCCAGGAAAAGAAGACAACUUGGGCACAAACACGGACGAAGACGUUGAAUUGACCGCCGUUGCAAUCCCGCUAAAGAACGUUACCCGCGUCGUUCGCGAGCGCCUUGCCCAUGCUCAGUCUCCCUCCGCCUCGCGAGUUGCUUCGUCGCCUUGUCCCCCCCGUUCGCACUGUUCUUCAUCUCCUUGCCCUUCCGCGUCAGCUUCCGGUUCGCCUUCUGCCGCCCCUCCCUCUGGUUCUGUCGCUGCGGCUCAGUGUUCGCUCUCUCCUCGUCUAACCUCCUCGUCUCUGCUCGCGUCCUCUGCCUCCGCGCGUUCAUCUCUCGCGCAGAGCCAGGACGAGGAGCCCGUGCAUCCGCCAGGAUCCUCUCACGCCUCCCAGCAGACUCUUCAGGACGGUGGCGAAGAAGCCCGGAAAUCGCUCGAUUCCGGCAGGCGGCAGAGGGAAAAUGGAGAGGCGCGGAGCGAAGCGAGCAAAGGGGCCGACGAACGCGAGCGCGACGGAGGUGGCGAACUAAACAGGCGCGGCAAAGAGCGCGAGCCGCUCCUCGGGGCGGAGGAAGUGAUCUGUAUCCACGCGUCCUCUGGCAGCGAUGAUGGUGCGUCUCCGACUGAAGCUGAGGCUUCUCUGUCCUCGAGCCGCCGCGGACCCGCCGCCUCUUGGCCUUCUGCGAAGGCAGCAUCACCACCACUCGCUCGCACAGCUUCUGCUGCCUCGGCCGCCAACCUGGACACUGGGCCUGCGUGGGUUCCUGCGGGCGACUUAACAGACUUCCUUCUUCACAAUCUGCAGCUGAUCUCUACCAAGUACGAAGAGCAGGGGGAAGCCUGGCGGGCGACGGGCUUCCGCGUCGCUGUCGGCGCCAUCCGUCAGAGCAGCGGGAAGGCGGCCCGCGUGGCGGAGCUUGCGAGGCGACAGGCGGCGGUGACAGCGGCCUCAGAGGAGGCGGCAGCCUCCGCCAACGCGUCGGGUCCUCCUACCUCGCUGUCUGGUGCGGCCUCGCCUUCGUCCCUCGCGGCGGCCUCUGCGUCUCCGCUCGCGCGGCUGAGGCGCGAGGGCAUCACGCGGGCGAAUUACACGUUGCUGAAGGACGAACCAGGAGUCGGCGCGUCUAUCUUUCAGACGAUAGAGGAGCUCGUGCUCACGGGCACCGCGAGCCGCCUGCAGGUGCUGCUUCAUGGCGACCGCGCGAAGGCCCUCGCAGACCUGCAGCGCAUCUGGGGCGUCGGCUUCCAUACCGCGGAGAAGCUAUUCUCUCUCGGCGUCCACUCUGUUGCGGAUCUGCGCCGCGCUGUCGAGCUGACCGACGCCGAGGAGGCGCCUACGGCGCCCGAUCCUCUCGAAGAGGAGGCCGAAGGCCGCAGCGGCCGCGAAGGCGACGAAGACGGCGAAGCUGGUGACGCGGCGGGUGCCGGACUGAGUACCGACGCAGGCGCUGGAGCGGGGAUGAGGAGGUGCACGAACCAGCUUCUUGAGAAGCUGUUCGGCGUGGCGCGCCUGGAGCCGUAUCUGUCAAGCGGCACAGCGGCGACAAAAAGGAGAAAGGUUCGGGCGGGCGCGACUCAAGGGAAUCCCGCGAGACGGCCAGCGAUCGGCGGAGCAUGGUUGCCGGGAGAGCGCGAAGGCGAGCGGCUCCCUUUGAAUGACGGCCCUCCUCGCGAGGCCCCACGGGGGGCCUCUGGGCGCGGCGGAGAGGACACGAUCGCGCGACGGCGGAGACAGGAGGCCGCGCGGCUGCUCAGCCGACCGCAGCGUCUGGGCCUGAAGUACGUCGAGGCGUUUCAGAAGCGAAUCCCGCACGAAGAAGUCGCGGCGAUUGCAAGCUACAUUCGCCGAGAAAUAGGCCUCGAUCCACCGGCGGACUCGCGUGCUAAACAGGAGCCAGGGGGAGGGGCCGCGAAGGCCGAGGCGCUCGCGGACAAUGCGGCGGGGGAAGCGCGCGUCAAGCAUGAGCCGGCUAAAACGCGGGCGGAUGAAGAAGAGGCCGGCGGAGAUAUAGGAGACGAGGAGAGACGCGCUGCGCAAUGCAAACGCGCCUGGGCGAACUGCUUUGUGGCGAUGGAUGUCUGCGGCAGCUACCGACGAGGCAAGGCCGAGUGUGGAGACAUCGAUAUCCUUAUUAUUCGCCGAAAUGACCAGCCGCGAGGAGCCCUGAAAGACCUCAUCGCACGCCUGGCGGCGUGUGGCCUGUUGUGCGACAACCUCCUAGUGAACGAGCUCCUGAGUCCGCCGCUGUCGGCGCGGACCUCGCCCGAGCGUGCGCAGGGGGGCGACGCCCCGAAGACGACCAGGGGCAAAGGAGCUGCGCAGCGCUCCCUGAACCCUGUAGACGCUCCGGGUGCCUCCGACUCGCGGGGCGAAGAUGCACCGGACGCCCGCGGCAUGAUGCUGCGGAAGUCAGUCUCCGAGCUCUACUGCGGAGUGUGCGUGUGGCCGCCGCGGCCGGCGUGCGGUGCCGGACGCAACGCGGGCGCCGACGCGUUCGUGGGACCGAGUCUACCGCGGCGCAUUGACAUAAAAAUUUAUCCUGAGCGCUGUCACGCGUACGCACUGCUGUACUUCACGGGCUCGGCGCAGUUCAACCGAAGCAUGCGCGCCUGGGCGAAGCGCAUCAACUACUCGCUGGACGACACCGGCUUAUAUUCGAGGCUGACAAUGCCAGCAGCCGUCCCGUCCGCAGCGAGGGCCGUGCGGCAGCGGCAGGCUCGCGGAGAGCGCGCGCCAGAGCGCGAUAAGCAGGAGCCAGAGGCGAGGGGAUCUGAGGCUGAGGCAGAGGACGAAGAAGCGUCUUUAGAAGAGCCGGAAGACGCGGACGGCCCCGCGCAGGUCAAGAAGGAAGGAGCCGAAGGCGGGGCGGUAGACGGCGGAAAAGUGGCCUUUCCGGCAGACAAGGAGGAAAAGAAGUCCGCCUUCGACCGCGCCUAUUGGCGGCGCAUGCUGAAGCCCGCGCAGAGACCGGCGAGCGGGAUCGUGUGGAAAGCCCGCCGAGGACUCUACUGCGAAACUGAAGAGGAGAUCUUCGACGCCCUGGAGCUGCAGUACAUGCCCCCCGAAGACCGGGAGGUCUUUGUAGAGCCGAAAGGCGGGGUGACGAGCCUCGACCUUUCAGAGGAGGACGAGUACAGCGAGUCCCGAGAAUGA